CUUCACGUCAUUUAGAAUAAUAGUCUCAAGUCACGUAACUUUAAAUUGUUAAUACAAUGUUUGAGCUUCUACUUCCUCAUAAAAAUUCAAAUACAUUUAAAUGACAAUUUGUACUAGCAUUAAACGGAUUCAAAUCCAUAAUUUUUUACCUGUAUUAUUGUGUACACGUGUGAUACUUAUUGAUUAAGGUUAUUCGAUUGUGUAUUACAUUACAACAACCGCGUGAUGAGUAGAUUUAAUACGAAAAAAGUAAAAUAGCUUGAAUUCAAGAAUGAAAUAAAAUAUGAACAUAAAAAAGAUGAUAAAGGAAACUGUAAAAUCUGGGAAAAUUUAUUGUUUUCUAUUCUGAAAUGCGUAACUUUAAUAAAAUAUAGCAGACAGCUGAACAUUUCUCCUCUAAAUUUAAAUCCAAGUGUCAAAAAUAUGAAAGUUAGCAAGCUUGAAAUUUGCAGUAUAUAAACUUUGUUUGAUCGUUAAACUAUUACUGAAGUCAACUUCAUGACUUUCAAAGUACUUUAUUGAUGUUUCAGUUGUUAUAUUCUUCAAUUAACAAGCUAACAAUGGAAUACGAAACUUCAAUAGAACGUGUAUGUCAGUUUUUUAUAGAACUGUCAGAAAAUGUUAGAAAGUUAUCACUGGUUUCAGAAAUUAUUGAUUUUUACAAGGGAAAAAAAUCUAAUACCCUCGAGACUUUGAUAAGAAUGCUAGAUCAAAUGACUCCUGUUAUUGAGAAACAAAUGGACACUUUUCUAGAAGAAAAAUUAGAGUAUACACCUAAUUUAGCAAGUAUUCUUGUAAAUACAAAAAAAGCUGAAGUGGAAGUUAAGAAUUUGCAACCGAUAUUGAAAAUAGAACAAAUUGAACAUAACAAAUCUGCCAAUGUACAUAUUAAAAAGCAGUCUGACGAAGAAGAAAUUCUCUUAGAGACGAUUGAAACUAUUCAAGAACAGGAAACUAAGCAAAAAUCAAAGUCUCCAGUUGAAAAUAUCAUUAAAUGUAUACUUGAUGCUGAAAGAAAAAUAGAGGUAGAAUUGGAUUUGAUAGAAGCUCAAUAUAAGGUACUUCGAGAAAUAAAUAAAGCUCGAGAAAAAGAUUUAUUCACUGCCAAGAAAAGAAGCGAGAGAGAGUACUUGGGAAUGUUGGAAAAAUAUGACGAAGAUGUUGGAAGCUUUUAUCGAACAAUGAAAUCAUUAUCUCAAGAGUCUACUUUGUUAGACGCAAAGUUAAAAAAUCUUGAGGAUAAAAUGACAGUUCAAGAAAUAAUAUACGAAGAAUUAAGAACUGAACGAGAAACAGAACUGAUCAAAGCUUUUACCAGAGACUUGGAUAAUUUCAAGAGAAAUAGGGCUGCCAGAAUUAUUCAGAACUCGUGGAGAAAAUAUUUAGAAAAAUUGGCGCUGAGAAAAAAGAAAAAAUCUAAGAAAAAGAGAUAAAAAAUGUUCUUAUGAUAAGGUCACGACAAACAUUAAAUAUGUAUAUUAAUUUAUUACUAUAAUAAGUACUUCAACGUCAUCAAAGAAUUUUUAUAAUUUGAUUUAAAUGUCAGGAAACUUAUGUUAUUUAUCAUCAAUUAAUUACAAAACGCAGUCAGAAAUUAAAAAAUUAGUCUCUUUGCCUUUUUAAUUGUUGCUUAUUUUUAUAUACUUUAAGUAGCAACUUCUUUUUAAUGAAAUAUAUUGUAAUUUGACAUAAUA